GGGAAUCCCGCGGUGCAUCUCAUCAGCCUCGCCCACGCCGCCACCUCCGACCCCGCCGCUUCUUCGCCCGCCGCCCAGCGUCGCCAGACCCUCCAAUGGAAAACGAUGGCUCUGAACAUGUGCAUCCGCUACGCGUCGCUGAUCGCCCAGGGCGCCUUCAGCGACCACCACACGCAUCUGCAGCAGCAGCUGCAGCUCCACGCGCUUCUCCUCCUCCAGGACAUGCAGCGGCUGUGCGGGGACCAGCCGGCUCUGGCGCACCACUACGCGGACCUCUCCAUCCAGCUCUUUCUGCAGCUCGCCGACAGCCAUCUCCGCUCCGCGACGGCCAGUCCCGCGGGGACGGGCGCGCUGCGGAGCGAUGUGCGGGCGGAGGAGGUGGCGCUGCACGUGGAGAAGGCGCUGGACUGCCUGCACACGGCGGACGAACGCAUCGAGGCGGAGGCGAAGACGCUGGCGGCCUCGUCGCCGACGCACUCGCUGCUGUCGCGCCUGGAGAAGUACGCGGCGCUGCAGAGAACGCUGCGCGGGAAGAUCGACGGCGCGUUGCGAUCCCUCAUUUUGUUCAACGUGCCCUUCGGAGGGGAGUUUCAUGCAGACCGAGAAGCAGAGGUGGGACACGCUCUUCCGCGAUGUGA